AUGUCGAACAAGAGGGUGAGAGGAUUGGCCAUCCACAGGCCAAUACUGUAUGGCUCUACGUCUACUCCUCUCACACCCGCUGAAAAGCUAGCAGCGCCACCAGACCACACGCACAAAUGGACCGUUGCCGUCCGAAGCGCUGCAUCCCUCCCGCUCCCCUCCCUCUCCGCCAUAUCGGGCGCGCCCAAUGGCAGCAGCUUCGAACCGGGCUCCGAGCUAGGCGCUGUCAACGCCGCAGCCGGAGCAACAACACCGUCUACCUCGACACCAGCAACUGGCUCAGCUGCCACCAUCUCCACUCGAGGUCGAGAUCAGGAACACGACUAUCACAAGAUGGUCGGAAACAAGGACGACAUUUCCCACUACAUCAAGCGCGUCCAGUUCAAGCUGCACGAUACCUACCCACAGCCAACCCGAAAUGUCGACAAGUUCCCAUUUCACGUCACGGAGACAGGCUGGGGAGAGUUUGAGAUCCAGAUCAAGAUCUUUUUCGUCCCUGAGGCCAACGAGAAGCCGCUCACACUGUUCCACCAUCUCAAGCUGCAUCCCUGGCUUCAGAAUGUAGCAGCUGUGGAAUCUCAACCCCCUGCGCCCGCGAUUCCUCCAACACUUCCUCCAGCCGGGACCGCUGCUUCCGCAGACACAGCCGACGGCGCAGAUCAAACUUCCGACCAGACAGCAGAAACAUCGACUUUGGCAAACGAUACAAAGCAGGAAGCCGACAACGAUAGCAUGGACGUCGACGCAACUACAACAACGACAAGUGACUCCAAGCCGAAUACAGACACGACUGCCGAUGCAUCUGGAGCCACCACAGAGCCAUCGAGCUCGACCACAGAGCCGCCCAAGCCCGCACUGCCACCCGUAGUGCACUCGUGGCAGUACGACGAGAUUGUUUUCCCGGAGCCAAUGGAGAAUUUCUACGACAUCCUGUCCACGCAUCCACCUACGCCCCUACCGGUCGUCUCAGCACUAGCUUUCGCCGACCCUGCAGCCUACCGCUCGUAUCUCUACGCCAAAGCGGAUGCAGCCAAAGGCAACACCACCGGACCACCACCCAUCCCGCCACACCCGCUUCACACUCCCACAGGCUACCUCUUCGACGCGCUCUCGCUCGAAGCCCAGAACGCCGAAGCUGAUCGUCUUGACCUGGCCCGUAUCGCAGCCAUUCGAGAUCUGGAACAGGGUCGUGAACAGCUCAUCAAGGCGGAGAAAGCUCUCAAGGAUGCGAGAAAUCGAAUCGCCAACUUGAACAAUGCUGCUCUUGCCCCUGGGAGCAGUGCCUCCGCUAGUGUUUCACUGGCAUCGUAG